AGUCCCUCCACUCCCCAAACCCAGGAAGGCGGUGCAGGUUUCGAGCUGUGCUUUCGCUUUCCCUUCCCGCUGCCCACCCCAGGCUCCGCGUGCGGCGUUCAGCCCCCGGCUCUGGCCAUGGCUACACUGAGGGUCCAUCCUGAAGCCCAAGCCAAGGUGGAUGUGUUUCGUGAGGACCUGUGUAGUAAGACAGAGAACCUGCUUGGGAGCUAUUUUCCCAAGAAGAUCUCAGAGUUGGAUGCCUUCUUAAAGGAGCCAGCUCUCAACGAAGCCAACCUGAGCAAUCUGAAGGCUCCAUUGGACAUCCCAGUCCCUGAUCCCGUCAAGGAGAAAGAGAAGGAGGAGCGGAAGAAGCAACAGGAGAAGGAAGAGAAGGACGAAAAGAAGAAAGGGGACGAAGACGACAAAGGUCCUCCCUGUGGUCCAGUGAACUGCAAUGAGAAGAUUGUGGUCCUCCUGCAACGCCUAAAGCCCGAGAUCAAGGAUGUCAUUGAGCAACUCAACCUGGUUACUACCUGGUUGCAGCUACAGAUACCUCGGAUAGAGGAUGGGAAUAAUUUUGGCGUGGCUGUCCAGGAAAAGGUGUUUGAGCUGAUGACCAGCCUUCAUACCAAGCUGGAAGGCUUCCAAACGCAGAUCUCUAAGUACUUCUCCGAGAGGGGUGAUGCCGUGGCCAAAGCAGCCAAGCAGCCUCAUGUGGGUGAUUAUCGGCAGCUGGUGCAUGAGCUGGACGAGGCGGAAUACCAGGAGAUCCGGCUGAUGGUCAUGGAGAUCCGUAACGCUUAUGUGAGGAGGGGAGAAGAGGGCAGGGGUGGGCAGAAGCACUUUUCCCAGGCCAUCCAAUUUCUGACCAAGCCAAUGUGGGGUGGAGGAUGACUUAAGAACAGCCUUUCCAAAGGUAGAGAUGGGAUACAGAACUACUGGGGGCCUGCGGCUGACCUCCCCUACUCUGUGAUCCUAUAGGCUGUGUUAUAUGACAUCAUCCUGAAGAACUUUGAGAAGCUCAAGAAGCCCCGUGGAGAGACAAAGGGGAUGAUCUAUUGAGCCCCCUCUCUCGUUCUAUGAUGGGUAUAACAGAAACCUUCCUACUCUUGACUAGGAACUCUAGACUGCACCCAGUCUUCUUCCUGCUGGGGUCUCCUCCCUCACUCUGCCUUCCAAACACAAUAAAUACAUAGUUGCCCACCA